AGGGGUGGUAAGAAGAUGGGCCCUUUGGGAAGGAUCAUAGCGUGGAUUUGGUUGGGUGUGCGACCGUGUCCGGGCCCUGUCCCUACAGUGACUCUGUGCACAGCUGCUUUCCCUCAUUCAUUCUUUUAUGUGGGUGUUACUGUGCUUGCUGCAGCACACAAAUCCUCUGUAAGGAAUUGGGAGAUACACCACGAGGUCAUAGCCAGCUUCAUGUCUCCCGGACAGGAGAAAGGAAGUGGGAAAAGGUACCUAAAACACCUUUCUUCUCCACAGAACAAGGAGUGCAGGUAGAGUGUGAGGGGCAAAGGUGUCCUGUGCUUGAUACAGGGUCUGGUCUCUCAACACAAGACCUCCAGGUAUUUUUCUCUCUUCCCUUCCUUUCCAGUGGAUCUUGAUAAAUAGUUGUGACCAAUCUGGACAGUAGCUUAGUGAGCUGUGUGCUCAUUUUCAUUUUGCUGUGUCCAUGACAGUGACUAAGAUGACGUUGAGACCAAGAAUUUCUUUGUGGUUUAAUUACAGGUCCUGUUGACUUUCCCCUGCUGCUUUUCACCCAUCCCUAGGGCAGUACUCAGCCAACACCCUUUGUCACCUGCUAUCUGCAUUUUUAAUGUGAGCUGAGUGAAACAAACAAAACACUUAUUUCUCUCAUGCUGUCAUCUGAAACCUUGCAAUGCCCACAAGGCAAAGAGCUUUGUACCUAUCCGGGCUUCCUAAAUCUGGUGCUGAGGACCGGAUGCUUCUGGCAGCACGGCAGGGGCUGGCGGUGAGUCAGGGCUCAGCUGAUUGUUCCAGGCUGGCAGCUCGCCCAGUGCCGGCUCCCAGCUACCUCAUUUAGGAAUAUCAGGGACUUAAAAGUAGGAAGAAAACAGCUGCCCAUCCCAUAGUGACAUGGAAGGGGCUCCUUGUCCCAGAGCAGGAAAUAGAUUUCAGUGGAUCCAGUUUUCCUUUUGAACUGGACUUUGAGUGCUAUUUCGUGUACUGUACCCUCACUGUUUGCAGUGGAGGAAACACUGGAGUUAAUUUGAUAAAGCUGCCAACCAUUGAUUUCUUCUCAUGCAACUGAAUUGCCAAAGAAGACAGCAAGAACAUUGCUACAGGAUCAGAGAAAAUUGUGCUCAACUUAGGAGAAGCAUGUGGUUACAUUUGAUGACUGGGCAGCUCCUUCUUGUUAACUGUAGGAAGAGGUUUGGGUUCUGAGUCUGCCGUGGUGCUCGGUGGCAGCCAUCAUACAGCAGUGACUCAUGGAUGUGAGCGUGGGGCCACACCUGUGCUGUUGCCAGCUCAGGUCCUGCUGUUGGUGAAAACAGCAGCAGCCUGGUCCAGGAGCCAGGCUGGUCCCUCAGAAGGCAGGGGUGCACGGGUGGCAGACGGACAGAGAGAUGCUCCCAGAUCGUUUCCCUCAGUAAGUGACAAUAAGAAUGAAUGGACAUAUAUCAAGUACCCCUCCUGGUGGAUAUGGAAGUUAUUCUCCUCAAAUCAAUGGCUAUGGCUCACCAACAUUUGGUCAGGCAGAGAGGGAGCAGAAUUCAAGAACAAGUGCAAAGGCUCUUUAUGAACAAAGAAAGAAUUAUGCACGGGACAGUGCCAGCAGCAUAUCCGAAACUUCGCAGUAUCACGUAGAGCACUUGACCACCUUUGUUCUGGACCGAAAAGAGGCGAUGAUUACAGUAGAUGAUGGAAUAAGGAAGUUGAAAUUGCUGGAUGCCAAAGGCAAAGUGUGGACUCAAGAUAUGAUUCUUCAAGUGGAUGACAAAGCUGUCAGUUUGGUGGACUUAGAAUCAAAGAAUGAACUGGAGAAUUUUCCUUUAAGCACAAUUCAGCAUUGCCAAGCUGUGAUGAAUGCAUGCAAUUACAAUUCAAUUCUUGCAUUAGUAUGUAAAGAACCAACUCAAAACAAGCCAGAUUUGCAUCUUUUCCAAUGUGAUGAGAUUAAGGCUAGCUUUAUUCAUGAAGAUAUAGAAAGUGCAAUCAGUGACAGCAAAAGUGGGAAACAAAAGAAGAGACUUGAAACACUGAGGAUGAUAUCCAAUGCUGACAGCACCAUCCCUCCACCCCCGCGGGCACCUGCCCCUGUGCCACCAGGGACCAUCACCCAGGUGGACGUGAGAAGCCGUGUGGCAGCAUGGUCUGCAUGGGCUACUGAGCAGGGGGAGUUUGAAAAACAUAGACAAUACCAUGACCAUGAAGAAACAGCAGAGAUGAUAGCAGCCAGGAUUGACAGAGAUGUUCAAAUUCUGAACCAUAUUUUGGAUGACAUUGAAUAUUUUGUUACCAAACUUCAAAAAGCUGCUGAAGCAUUUGCUGAACUUUCAAAGAGGAAGAAAACUAAGAAAAGUAAAAAGAAAGGACCUGGAGAGGGAGUUCUGACUCUCCGUUCAAAACCGCCACCUCCAGAUGAGUUUGUUGACUGCUUCCAAAAGUUCAAGCAUGGCUUCAAUCUUCUGGCCAAAUUGAAGUUCCAUAUCCAGAAUCCUAGUGCAGCUGAACUGGUUCAUUUUCUCUUUACCCCACUACAUAUGGUGGUGCAGACAACAGGAGGUCCAGAGCUUGCUAGUACAGUACUAAGUCCCCUUCUUACAAAAGAUACUAUAGACUUCCUGCAAUACACUGUCACCAGUGAGGAAGGACAAUUAUGGAUGUCAUUGGGUGACACAUGGACCAAAGCCAGAGCGGACUGGCCCAAAGACCAGUUUAUUCCACCUUAUGUCCCUCGUUUCCGAAACGGUUGGGAACCUCCUUUGCUGAACUUCAUGGGAGCUCCAAAUGAACAAGAACUCAAUCAUUUGGCUGAGUCUGUGGCAAACUUUGCAGAGCAACAGCGGAAGCAAGAAAUAAAAAGAUUGUCAACUGAGCCUCCCAGUGUUCCCGACUACCCUCCGUCUGAUGGGUAUGCAUUCAGUAACACAGUGUACAAAAGAGGGCCUCUGCUGGACCAAGGGGCAGCUGUUGCUGCCUUUAAGCAAACUGUUAGCCGACAUGUAGAUAGAAACUAUGAAGCACACAAUAAAACGCAGUCCAAGAAAUAUGCCAAAUGCAAGUACGAGUUUAUGGCAAGAAACAACAGUGAGCUUUCUGUCAUGAAAGAAGAGAUAGUAGAGAUUCUGGAUGACAGAAAGCAGUGGUGGAAGGUUCGGAAUAAAAGCGGCAACGCAGGCUUUGUGCCAAACAACAUUUUGGACCCUCUGAGGAAUUAUGAAGGUGGUCUAGGAUUGCCAGAACCUGUGUAUACCCGCACCAUCCAGCUGUUGAUGCCAAAGAAGGAGUUUGAAUUAUUUAAGAAACAAAGGACAGACUAUGCCGCAAAACAACCCGAUCCAGUUCCUGCUACUCCUUCGCCGCCUCCAAUGCCUGCUCCUGUCCCCGCAGCUGUCCCCCUCCCUCCAAGCACACCAGCACCUAUACCGGUUCCUGUGCCCAAGGCGCCAGCAACCAUCAGCCGCCAAAGCAGCACCUCUAGUGACAGCGGUGGUAGUGUUGCACGAGACAGCCAGAGGAACAAACAAGUUCCUGUGGAUCGCAGGAAAUCCCAGAUGGAGGAGGUGCAGGAUGAACUUGUUCACCGGCUCACCAUAGGCCGCAGCGCUGCCCAGAGGAAGUUCCACGUGCCACGGCCAAACAUCCCGGUAGUGAACAUCACUUAUGACUCCUCGCCUGACGAUGUGAAAGCGUGGUUGCAGUCCAAAGGAUUCAACCCUGUGACUGUUAACAGCCUUGGUGUGCUGACGGGUGCGCAGCUUUUCUCCCUCAAUAAAGACGAACUGAAGACUGUUUGCCCAGAAGGGUCUAGAGUCUACAGCCAAAUUACGGUACAAAAAGUCUGCUUUGGAGGCUAACAGUGGUAGUUCAGAACUGCAAGAAAUUAUGAGAAGAAGACAAGAAAAAAUCAGUGCAGCUGCCUCAGAUUCAGGUGUGGAGUCCUUUGAUGAAGGAAGCAGUCACUAAACGUCUUUCCUCUUUUCUUUAAUUCCAUUGUCCAUAGCAUUAUACCAUCCAGCUUUGCUUUAGGAAGCAGUGAAGGGGAAUGUCUUAAUACAGUGUAAACAUAACUAGCCACCAGAAAGAAAACUUACAGUAGUCUCCCCAGAAGAACCUGCUGCUGGCUUCCCAUCAUUAAAAAUUAACAGCUGAGAAAUCCAAUGGAAGUUCCUGACAGGUGAAACUAUUAGGACUUGAGUCACUUACACCCAAAGAUGGGCCUUGGCUUUAACCAUUCCAUGACAGAUAAACUGGAAUGUGGCUUUGUUUUUGAUCCAUCCUAGGAAAGCUGAGAUAGCAAUAAAAAGCAUAUGAACCCUUCAGUAAUAAUACAGUUCUGAAUUCCAUUGCCAGCUUUGCAACUCUGUCUUUUUGGCUCAGUCUUUCUUGUCAUGCAUUCAGCUGCACGAUGUUCAGUUAAGUCAUUGAUGCCAGCAAUCUAAGAGGAAACGUUUAGGGAAUGAACAGCAGCCCAGCAUAGACUGAAUCUUUCUUGCAUCACUCCCAAAAUGUUUUAUUACUAAUGAUGGUGUUUAUAGCAAAAUAAUACUCUGUACUUUGGUUUUAUCAAUACUUCACUCCUAAUGAACCAUAAUAUUGCACAAGAAGGAAUAAACAGAAAAUAGUAAUACAACUCAGCUCAAAGAGGGGAUCAGAUCUGCUGUUGGUAGCCAUGAAACAAUUUGCGUUACUUUUUUUUAAAAAUAUACUUGCAUUUUUUGUUUGUAACUUAACCUGUUAAAAGAACAGUAUAUAAUCUAGACUUUGUGUGUUGAUCGCAGAUGUCAGUUUUCCAUAUGUAAAAAGCUAUUGUUCCAUUAUAGAUUUAAUGUUUUGGAAAAUUGGAUUCCUGGAGGCAAAAGUGGGAGAAAACAUCCUUUUCAGCAAAUAUUAUUUUUGAAGAUGCAAUGAUUUUUUUCACAAAAAUAUUCUGUUACUUCACAUGUUUUUGUGAUUUUAUAUAUAAUAUAUGUAUUAUAUAUAAUAUAUAAUAUCACUUAAUUUAGACAAAUUUAAUCAUCUGGUUUGAUUAAGUUACAUAGUGCCUUUUUCACAUGAAUCAGCUUAGUCUGCAAUAAACAGUAUUUCUUGUCUGUUAAAUAGUUGUAUCUUUAGGGCUGCAAAGAUGGUAUUGAAAUAAGAAAGUGUUCUUGAUUUUUGCCAUUAGUUUGCCCUUCUUCUGCAUAGAAGGAAAAAAAGAAUCCUAUUCAUUUUUUCAUAAAAGAAAUUAAAAUCUUAAUAAAGGUGUUUAGUGCCAUUUA